AUGGUAGUUGAACCCAAGCUGCCACUACGCAAGACCAUUCACGUCGCGCAAUUUUUUCAACAGAGCUUUGCAUGUAUGCCUGCUCAUCCCGCAUCUCACCAAGAGCCCCGCGAACCCCGGACCUCUCACUCUUACCGUCACCCGCUCCUCGUCGGCAUCGCCUUUGCCGUCCUCCCUGCUCUCGUCUUCCUUCUUGCCCUCUGGAUCCCCCAAUCACCGCUGCCGGGACUGAUUAGCCAGCACGCGCCGACGACAGCAGCAGCAACAGCGCCGCCGUCGCCGAUCCCCGCUGCCCCCCCCGCCGCCGCCAUCGCCGCCAUAGCUUCCCUCAUCUCUCCCCGACGACUUGUCCAGUUGUCCGGUCACUUCCUCCACCGGGCAUCCUCUUCUUUCACCACAAUGGUCGUCGCUCCCCGGUACGAGCGCGAGCUCCAGAUCGCCGAGCUCGCGGUCCAGCGCGCCGCCAUCCUCACCAAGCGCGUCUUCCACGAAAAGGCCAAGGGCACCGUCGACAAGAAUGACAAGUCGCCCGUCACCAUUGGCGACUUUGGCGCCCAGGCGCUCAUUAUCGCCGCCCUGCAGCACAACUUCCCCGACGACGCCAUCGUCGCCGAGGAGGAGGCCGCGCAGCUCCGCGAGGACGCCAGCCUCCGCGACACCAUCUGGGAGCUCGUGCGCUCGACCAAGCUCACCGACUCCGACUCCGAGACGCUCCUCGGCGGCUCCAUCACCAGCGUCGAGUCCAUGCUGGACCUGAUUGACAAGGGCAACAGCCAGGGCGGCCGCACCGGCCGCAUCUGGACCAUUGACCCGAUUGACGGCACCAAGGGCUUCCUCCGCGGCGGCCAGUACGCCGUCUGCCUCGGCCUCAUGGUCGACGGCGACGUCAAGGUCGGCGUCCUCGGCUGCCCGAACCUGCCCGUCGACGACGCGGCGCGCCUGACGGCCGAGAGCGGCGCCAACCAGACCGACGCCGAGGGCCACGGCGUGCUGCUCGCCGCUGUGCAGCACCACGGCGCCAACAGCCGCGCGCUGACGGCGGCCGCGCUCGCGAACCCCAAGCCUAUUGGCAUGCGCGCGCUGACGGACCUCACCAAGGCGACCUUUUGCGAGAGCGUCGAGGCCGCGCACUCGGCCCACGGCGACCAGGCCCAGAUCUCGCAGAAGCUCGGCAUCACCGAGCCCAGCGUCCGUAUGGACUCGCAGGCCAAGUACGGCUCCAUUGCCCGCGGCGCCGGCGACAUCUACCUCCGCCUGCCCGUCAAGGCGACGUACCAGGAGAAGAUCUGGGACCACGCCGCGGGCGACCUUAUUGUCCGCGAGUCUGGCGGCGAGGUCACCGAUAUUCACGGCAAGCGCCUCGACUUCGGCGCCGGCCGCACGCUGGCCAACAACAAGGGCGUUGUUGCCGCGCCCGCGCCGGUGCACGCCAAGGUCCUUGCUGCUGUACAGGAGGUCCUCAACAUCCAGGCUUAA